AUGCCACAACCAAAGAAAACCGUUUUAUUGAAGGUUAUUAUCCUUGGUGACUCUGGCGUUGGAAAGACUUCUCUUAUGAAUCAAUACGUUAACAAGCGUUUCUCUAAUCAAUACAAGGCUACUAUUGGCGCUGAUUUCCUAACAAAGGAGGUUGUAGUUGAUGAUAGAGUGGUUACUAUUCAACUCUGGGACACCGCUGGUCAAGAACGAUUCCAAUCCUUAGGCGUUGCUUUCUAUCGUGGCGCUGAUUGUUGCGUUUUGGUGUACGACGUUAACAACGCAAAGUCAUUCGAAACCCUUGACAGCUGGAGAGACGAAUUCCUUAUCCAAGCUUCUCCCCAAGACCCCGUUAACUUCCCUUUUGUCCUUCUUGGUAAUAAAAUUGAUACUGAGGACUCUAAACGCGCCGUCUCUCAAAAGAAAGCAACCAAUUGGUGUCAAUCUAAAGGUAACAUCCCUUACUUUGAAACUUCUGCUAAAGAAGCCAUCAACGUUGAACAAGCUUUUCAAACUAUCGCACGCAACGCUUUAGUUCAAGAAGCUGAGGUUGAGUUAUACGCAAACUACCCUGAUCCUAUCAGAAUCGAUCAAGACAGCUCUCAAUCUUAUGGUAGAUGUGAGUGUUAG